AACACGGAAGUGGCUGCUCAUGCUACCUGAAUUUCUUGUACUAAUCUUCUUAUGUAGCAAGACGGACAGUUGGUUUCGUAAAAGGACGCACGUAAAGAUUACGUGGAUCUUGUUUCGUACAACAACGCCUUAACCUGUCGGAUUUUCUGGACAUGUAAUCGGUUAUCUACGAAGAUAAAAUGGGAUCUGAAACAGGUGAACGGGCACAAUGACUGUAUUUGCUCUCCUGUUCAUUCAAAAACGAGACAGCGUCCCCCGUUUCUAUGGGCAGAUCCCUCCGACGUUACGCACAGACCCAGCUCAGCGUUGACACUCAAAAUGCGGAUGAUCACCUUCUUCCUGGUUGGACUGACAGUCCAUGUGGUCUUCUUCCUCUCCAUCUUUGACAUCUACUUCACCUCUCCCCUGGUCCAUGGCAUGACCCCGCAGGUCACACCGCUGCCACCCCCUGCGUCCAGACUGGUGUUAGUGGUGGCCGAUGGUCUCAGAGCAGACAGUCUCUUCACACUCCUCCCAAACGGCUCAUCCAGGGCCCCAUACUUGAGGAGGGUAAUGGAGGAGAGUGGUACCUGGGGUGUAUCACACACUCGCGUGCCAACUGAGUCUCGCCCCGGUCAUGUUGCUCUCAUCGCUGGCUUCUAUGAGGAUGUUAGUGCUGUUGCUAAAGGGUGGAAGGAGAAUCCUGUAGAGUUUGACUCAGUGUUUAAUGAGACCAGACACACCUGGUGCUGGGGCAGCCCUGAUAUCCUGCCAAUGUUUGCUAAAGGUGCCAGUGGAGACCAUGUGUAUACUCACACAUACCCAGCACAGGAGGAGGACUUUGCAUCCACAGAUGCCUCCAGGCUGGACAGCUGGGUGUUCACUCAAGUCAAAUCAUUCUUUCAGUCAGCAAAGUCUAACUCCAGUCUGAGGGCCAGUCUGCUCGAAGAUAAGAACGUCCUCUUCCUGCAUCUGCUGGGCAUCGACACAAACGGACAUGCUCACAGACCAAUGUCAAAGGAGUACUUAGAUAAUAUUGGUCUAGUGGACACUGGUGUAGCCGAGUUGGUGUCUAUGGUAGAAGACUUCUUUGGUCAUGAUGGCAGAACGGCCUAUGUAUUCACCUCCGAUCACGGCAUGACAAACUGGGGUUCACAUGGUGCAGGCCAUCCCUCUGAGACACUCACCCCUUUAGUGGUAUGGGGAGCAGGGGUUCAUAAUGCCCACAAAGUUACUAUACCCCAACCGUACAAUGAUAGCUUCCUACAAGAUUGGAAUCUGGAGCACCUUCGGAGAGUUGACGUCAAUCAGGCAGACAUCGCUCCCCUCAUGGCUUCUCUCAUUGGUGUGCCCUUUCCUGUCAACUCUGUGGGUGUGUUACCUCUUCUCUACCUUAACAAUAGUGACCAGUUCAAGGCAGAGAGCAUGUACACUAAUGCUAUUCAAGUACUGGAGCAAUACAAGACGAAAAUGACGCAGAAGAAGGAGACAACUUUGCCUUUUUUGUUCACCCCAUACCAACUACUGACUGAGUCAAAACAAGCGGAAAUCAUCCACAAGGCCAGAAUACUGAUUCAGCUGGAGAAGUAUGACGAUGCUAUCUCCCUGUGCCACUCUCUCAUAUCCAACGCUCUGGAUGGCUUGGUCUACUACCACACCUACGACAGGUUCUUCCUGGGUUGCAGUGUGGUGCUGGGAUUUGUAGGCUGGACCUCGUAUGUCGUCCUAGUCAUACUGAAGACUCACGCCAGCCUCAAUAGAAACCCAAGCCUCCUCAAACAGACUCCCAGCCAUACCCUGGCGAGGCUGUGUGUAUUUGUGACGGUGGUGAUCACCGUGUUCCUGCUCAUCCAAAGGAGUCCCCUCACUUACUAUGUUUACUGCCUGCUGCCUGUGCCUGUGUGGUACUCUGUCCUUAAAGAGUCUGGGACUCUCACAGAUUUGGUCCACUCAGCUCCCUCUCUGCCGCUGUGGAAGUGUUUUGGCUAUUUUGUGCUGGUGGCGUUUGGGAUCGAGCUUCUGGUGGUGAGUUUCUUCCAUCGCGCCAUGCUGACUGUGGGCCUGGCUGCCCUCUCUGUGUGGCCCUUUCUGACUGGAAUUUUUGGCAAGGCUAAGUUCCGUUCACUGAGCUGGUGUCUGGGCUGCCUGUGCUUGGCUGCGUUCCCCUUGAUGCCAGUCGUGGGCAGAGAGCCAAACAUACAUCUGGUCACCUGUGCAGGUCUACUCACUCUCUUCACCUCAGCCUGUUACCUCUGGUCAUCAUGGCAGAGAACACCACUGCACGUCAGUGACAGACAGCAGUUUGUCACCCAGAUGUUCCACGUGGCGGUGUGUGCGUACGUGCCGUCCCUCACACACUCCAGCCUGCAGCAGAAGCAGGGCCUGCCGCUUCUUAAUCAGAUCAUCAGCUGGGCCACGUUAGCAUCUUCUAUGCUGGUUCCACUGCUGAGCUCCACGCGCCUUUUCCACCGACUCCUCAGCAUAUUCCUCUCCCUCACAGCCACAUACUUACUGCUCAGCACCGGGUCAGAGGCACUGUUCCCCCCGGUGCUAUCUUGGUUGAUGUUUGCGUGGAUCAACAUCGAACAGGAAGCUAUGCUCGCGCAGGGUGUCUCUGGCAGACAAGAGCUCUCCACCAUCGAUUUCUCCGCAAACAUCGACAUCACCAAGAUCCGACAGCUGAAGCUGGAUGACAUCAGGCGAUCGUAUUUUUUUGUAUUCUUUAUAAUAACUGCUUUCUUCGGCACAGGGAACAUAGCUUCCAUUAACAGUUUUGACCCAGCAUCUGUUUAUUGCUUCCUCACCGUCUUCAACCCCUUCAUCAUGGGAGGGCUGAUGAUGUGGAAGGUUAUUAUCCCGUUCAUAAUAGUGAUGUGUACGUUUGAGACCAUCCAAGUUGCAACACAGCUCUCAUCGAGAAGUUUGUUCCUCAUUGUUCUGGUCAUCUCCGACUUGAUGGCUCUGCAUUUUUUCUUCCUGGUGCAGGACUACGGCAGCUGGUUGGACAUUGGCACCAGCAUUAGUCAUUAUGUGAUAGUGAUGUCGAUGACCAUCUUCCUGAUGUUGCUCAGUGUGUUCACACACACUCUCACCUCGCAAAGACUCAUCCUGUGGAGGAGACCCAAGAUGCACUUCCCCUAAAUAAACACGCGUUUGUGUGCGCUUGUGCAUCCGCACGUACUAGUGAAACCAAAAUGUUUAGUAUUUAUUUGACUUUUUUAGAUACCUUUAAUUUAGCAUUUGCCUUAUUGAGCCAGAGUUUGUUUAUUUAAGAUAUGGGAUGUUGUUUUGGGACUUAAUACACGCCACUUUGGAAAUCCCCUCUCAUGUAUGUCAUUUGUAGUCAGAUACUUUAAAUCAUCCUCUUACAACUGCUUAAAAAAUUGUACCACAAACAUGACUAUGGCUGAAAAUUACAUGAUGGUCUUACAUAGAGAAUUACUUAAAAGCCCAAUAUCACAUAUUACAAUUUGCCUCAGAGGGCUUUACAGCAUCCCUCUGUCUUUGAUCCUCACAGCGAAUAAGGAAAAACUCCCUCAAAAAAACCCUUUAACAGGGGAAGGAAGGAGGGAAGGAAGGAAGGAAGGAAGGAAGAGAAACUGAGGAGGGAUCCCUCCUCCGGGAUGGACAGACAUGCAACAUUCUCAGUAGAAACUACUGUCCAUAACAGUUCCUUCCUUGUAUUCAUAUAAAAUAACCACUUACUGGGGCGUCGGUGGCUUAGUGGUAGAGCAGGCGCCCCAUGUACAAGGCUGUUGCCGCAGCGGCCCGGGUUCGACUCCAGCCUGUGGCCCUUUGCUGCAUGUCACUCCCUCUCUCUCUCCCCC